AUGGAUUUCGGCAUUGCAGGUGGCCUGUGCAUACAUUCGGCGGGCUUCGACUCGUUUGGAGAAGUAUUUGUCGCCGCUGCCGACCCAUGGCCUUCGCAUAUACUCGGUGAUGGCCUUCGCAUAUACUGGGCGGUGUUCGACUCGUUUGGGGAAUCAUUUGUCGCUGAAGUCGACCAACGUUUGGAACGAAUUGAC